CACUUCAAAAUCUUUUAAACUCUCGGAACAGAGUGAAAUGCUCUCUUCUGCUGAAAUCUCAGCAGCGAGUUCCAUGCGAGAGGAACAUCUUGAAACAAACAAGAAAGACAAGAGUUUGCAAUUUUCUGAAAGAUUAUGGCAAUGUCAUCAAUGUAUCUUUACUACAAACUCCGAGAAAGAAUGGUUCCUACAUAAACAGACACACGUCGAUGAAGACCCUCUCACAUCAAAGGAACGGGACGAAACUGAUUUAGAAGUAAUUAGAGCAUCCGAAAUUCUCGUCGACAUGAGAAAGAAAAGAUUGGAGAUGAUAAAGAAACAAAAGGAAUCGCCUGAUUCCGAUACUCCGCCAACAUUACAAUAAUCUACGAAUGUUAAAUAUUGAUUCAUAUUCUAUACAAUUUUUAAAAAUUUCAACCAGUGAUUUUUCUAAAUUCGACAUUUAAGACUAAUUAAACCUAAUGAUUUCUGCAAUAUUUUGACAAAGCUCCGUAAACGAAAAUAAUUCUACAAAAUACCGUAUAAAUCUUAUUUUCAUUGAAAAUUUAUUGCACAUUAAAAUACUUUUUCUUCUUUAAGAAUAAUUUCUUCACGUCAUUAGUGUUUAAAUUAUAACAAUUUGAAUAUUAUCGUAUUGAUCUUGCCUGAUCCAUUUAUUCAUGUGUCAGUAUGAAGUUAAUAUACGUCAAUUUUGCAAUAGUGCGUUCAAUUAAAAAUGUGGAAUGGGAGUCGUAAAUAUCUCUAAAAAUUAAGCAGUUUAUGCUAUUUGUGGGCCUUGAGCAAUAAAAGAGCAAUAAAAUUAAAUUUCACCUAAAGUGAACAGAAACAAUAGGA